AUGGCGUUUUGAUUAAAUUUAUUCUUUAAAAUUUGCGUAUAUAGGAUGCUGCUGGUUUAUUGAAAAUGUGCGUCAGUUGGGAUACCUUCAACACUUUUUUGUCACUGUCUUUCGGUGCCGGUCAUUGCUGUCUUCUCUCCUUUCGCUGUCAGCUAACCUAAGUAUUUGUGUCAUUCUAUUUUACUAGUGAGGAUGAUGCACCUGUUCCGGCAGCAACUCCGGCUCCUGCUUUAGGAGAGCCAAUGGAUCUCAUGACAGCUUUGCAACUUGUAAUGAAGAAGUCACUGGCUCAUGAUGGCCUUGCCCGUGGGCUUCAUGAAGGUGCCAAAGCAAUUGAGAAGCAUGAUGCUCAGCUUUGUCUGCUGGCUGAGGAUUGUGACCAACCUGACUAUGUCAAGCUGGUGAAGGCUCUGUGCGCUGAGCAUAACGUUCAUUUAAUCACAGUACCUAGCGCAAAAAAUCUCGGUGAAUGGGCUGGGGUAAGUGCUUUAGUCGGUCUCCUCUGGCAGAAAAUCUUAUGCAGAUUGAUCUAAUCUGAAUAAUACUUUUUUUGACCCAUUCACUUAUUUGGAAAUGUAUGCUAUGAUAUUACUCUUUUCCAUAUUGUUUACUAUUAUACCUAUUUAUUUUUAUAUUAAUUUAUGAUUGAAGCUAUGCAAGAUUGAUUCCGAAGGGAAAGCUAGGAAAGUGGUGGGCUGUUCUUGCAUCGUUGUCAAGGUUUGGGAAUGACUUUGCUCGUAUCAUAUGCCAUGAUUUGGCCAAUAGAGGUUCUGAUUCAUAUUGUGAUUCACGUUGCAGGACUAUGGUGAGGAGUCGGAGGGUCUCAAUAUAAUCCAAGAGUAUGUGAAGUCCCAUUAA